UUUUUACUCUGGCCUUUGUAUGUGGCAGAGAGACAGCCCUUGUAUCUUACCGUCGGCGUUGUCAAUAUGCGCGCGCACACACACACACCCGCUCGCUGCUAGUGCAAGCACAAAAGUAGUCCCGGCCCCCUGGUCAUCUCUCGUCCAACACUGUUGUCACUCCUCCUUUUUUCCCUAUGGAGCUCCUCCGUAGGACUCGAGACCGAUGAGUUGUGCAGCUGUCGCUCAUUAUUAUCAAUCACUUCACCGGCCUUGAAUUUUCUCUUCUUCUUUUUUUUGCACAGUCUAAAAAGAGUAUGCCAGACCUACAUUUCGCAUCUUGUUGUAUGUCAUAUACGUGACAAAUAAAACUCAUCACAAGUAUAAACAGAAUAUAUACAUAAACACAUGGCAAAUUCUCUAAAUUUCCGCAUUAUAAAGUAAAUUAAAUUUUUUUGACUGAAUUCUGUGAUUCCGUCAGCAUUUUCAGGCCCUACUAAUGUAGCAAACCAGUAUGAUAAGCUUAUUGUGAGAGUAAAAGAUGGGGACAUUGUUUAUUUACUUUUUAGCAUUGUGCCUCACCAACUAGGUGACAACAUAGCGUUAAAUCACCAUUCAAUGGAACACGUUUUAUGGUGGGGUUUCCCUGGUACAAUUGCAUUCCAGGGACUAAAUAUUACAUUAUUGGGCUCACUUCAAUCCGCGGCAACAGUGAUAAAGUAGCCCAGUUCUGCGGGAAAACCACAGACUUGGCCACACUCUUGUCACUACAGUGACUUGGGUUGCCAGUGGCAAACAAUGGAGCAUGCUCUGCUGGAUAAACGAAGUAGGCUAAUUACACCUUUUACAAGCAUUUUAUCUGUGUUUUAUGUUCUGUAAAAAAAAAGAAAAGAAAAGUAUUGGUGGCAUAUCUUGGGGCAUAUACAUCAGUGCAGAUAGACCCACGAUAUUGACCGAUAAAAUCGUCAAAACAAUAAAUCGGUCAGGCUCUAGUAAUUAGCUAAUGAGGUGGAUUUACUUAUUGUAGAAUUAACAAAAGUUAUCAUAAGCAUUGUAAUAUUUGAAGGGGAUGUCAUGACAAAUGUUAGUAGACUGGAAGAUGAGUGGUUCAUUCAUAAAUUCGUAAGAUCUUACCUUCAUGCUGUGGAAAUACAAUCUGGAAGACAGAAGACAACAAACUCAGCACUGAAAAGAGUGCCUGUAGCAGGGUGAAUCAGGAUGGGAGACAAGCCGAUUUGGGAACAAAUAGGAUCCAGCUUUGUGCAACAUUACUAUCAGCUGUUUGACACAGACAGGACUCAACUUGGAUCGAUAUAUAUUGAUGCGUCAUGCCUUACGUGGGAGGGUCAGCAAUUCCAGGGAAAAGCGGCGAUUGUCGAAAAGCUUUCUAGCCUGCCCUUCACAAAAAUAGCUCACAGCAUCACAGCACAAGAUCAUCAGCCCACCCCUGAUAGCUGCAUAUUGAGUAUGGUAGUAGGACAACUAAAAGCAGAUGAUGACCCCAUCAUGGGAUUCCAUCAGAGCUUCAUCCUGAAGAACAUUAAUGAGGCGUGGGUUUGCACCAAUGACAUGUUCCGCCUGGCGCUGCACAAUUUUGGUUAAACGCCCCAUGGCUAGCAGGAAGGAAGUGUGGGAAGGUGGAGGAUGGGGUUCCACUGAACCUGUCAAUCAGCCCUUCAUUCAUCACAACCAAGAGAAACGCCAGUGGAUUACAGCAGUCAAUCACAGAAAACAUGCAGGCAUAUACAGUACUGCCUCUACUCCAGAAAUGACAUGUUUCUUUGCUGAAAGCCAACACAUCCAUCAAACUGACCCUUUUCCUUCGCCAACCUGCAUGAUGAUGGGGAGCUUAAAUAUCAGAGGACGCCUUGACCAGGACAAAUACAUAUUAACCUAACCUCAGCUGUUUGAUAUUUACAUUUUAGUUGCUGAUUUUGACUUUGAAAUAACAACCGUCUUACUGUCUUUCUUUGCUUUAAUACAAAGUGUGUUCAGCUCAUUUUUAGAAUAUGCUCAUUGAAGUUUAAUCUCUUUUUGUUUUCGCCUCUUGAAAUUUGGUGUGAUGUCAGGUUGCUCUAGCUGUCCAAAGACCACCACAUUAAUUUCCCCUUCCCCUCAGACCAGUGUGCUUCCCACUUUCUGCUCACUGCUCUCUGUGACAAUAAUUUCCAAGCCACACAAUAAAACCUUUGACCUUUUUCUUAACACCGUCAUCAUCUUGUUCAUCCCCUGUCUGGUUUUGCGUCUACCAUCCCCCCCCCCUUUUCUAUGCUUGGCUUUUUGUGUUUUUGAUACUGCCUCAUAUGAGAUUCUCACAAUAAGAUAAUAGAUUUAUUUGAGCUGAGAAGAAAACAAUGCAGCUGUUAUUUCUCUUUUUACAGGUGGCCAGUGUUUCCUGAAGCAGCUGUUUAGACUUAAAAAACAUAAUGGUAGAACAUUGCUUUUAUUAGCAAGGGAUUACGUCUUUAUUUAGCAAAUUUUUUCCUAACCAAAAAAAAAAGUAGAAUCAGAAGUGGACAUUCUUGUUAAAAAAUAGCAAAAAUUGUAAGUGUCCGCCAAUUAUGCCACAUAAAUAAAACAAGUUUUGCUAAGGUUAAGAAAUCGAGUUAGUAUCGAGAGAAAAAACUAAUUCUGGUUUAGUUCUGAAAUUUUAAUUCCCCCGUUUUCCAUUGAUUCAAAUCUUGAAGAUGUGGGAUGUGAUGUUUCAUAAGCUUGUAUGAAUGUAAAAGUCAUCGAGUUUGUAGUGUGGCCAAAGCUGUUAUUACCUUCCAUAUUUAGGAUUAUACUUUGACAUUUUCAAUACAAGAAUCACAGACACAAUGACUGAAACAUGACUAGUUGUGUUGGGUUUUAUUUCCACAAAAUGUUUACACUAAAGGAGUUAUGUUAAUUGUUUAGGAUUAGAAAAUCAUAUUCACAAAAUAUGAAGGCCAUUGUGAUGGUACAGAUAUUUUAGAAAGAUGUCUUCUGCAUUGUAGCGUUUUGCACUGGAAUAUCUAGACAGAUCUUAAAGUCAGUAUAAUGAGUCACAUUCUUGCAUUAUAGUUUUGCUGGAAUACAUGUAUUGUACACGUACUUCACACCUACUUGACCCUCCAGAUGUCCACUUUCUCUGUGGUUUAAGGGGAAGAGCAAAAGAAGACUUGAUUUUCACGACAAAAGCAACAGUGAAACAACGUGAAUACAGUAAGAUACUACUUCAGCAGCUUACAUGUAUGUGAAAAUAAAGGAGAUCAAAGUAAA